ACAAGAAAUUCUCGUUUGGUCGGUUUAAAAGUUUUUGUUAUCAAUUCGUUAUAAACCAUUUAAAAUAAAAUUAAAAUUUAUCAAAGUGUUUGUAAUGCAUAAAAGGACUUUUCUUUUUAGUAAGUUAAAAAAAAUGUUUGGUAAACACCACAUUUUAAGUUUUAAGUUUCAACAACAACUCAAAUAUUUCAACAUAAUCUUUUUGGGAUUGUUACAUUUAAUUGCAAUUUAUGGAAUUAUCACUUUUCCUUGGAUAAAAAGUUGGAAAAUCGUUUUAUUUAGUUUUUUUUAUGGCACAUUAGCCGGAUUUGGAGUAACAGCUGGGGCACAUCGCUGUUUUACGCAUCGCUCGUUUAAACCAAGAUUUCCAUUGAAAAUAUUUUUAUUAAUUUGUUACGCCGCCGCUGGACAUAAUAAGCUUUUUGAGUGGGUGCGAGAUCAUCGCGUUCAUCAUAAAUAUUCAGAAACCGAUGCAGAUCCUCAUAACUCUAAUCGGGGCUUUUUUUUUGCCCACAUUGGAUGGCUAAUGAUGAAAAAACACCCCGACGUAAUCAAAAAAGGAGUUAGUGUUGAUAUGAGUGAUAUAAAAAAUGAUCCAAUUUUGGUUUGGUACGACAAAAAUUUCAUUUAUCUCCAAUUAAUUUUCUGUUUUAUCAUUCCAAUUGGAAUAAUUCGAUUUUAUUUCGAUAAAUCUUGGUUUUAUCCUACUUUAAGCCAAAUUGGGAGGUACAUGAUUGUCUUAAAUUCUACUUGGUUGGUGAAUAGUGCUGCGCAUUUAUAUGGAAACAAACCUUAUGAUAAAACAAUAAAUCCAGGAGAAAAUUUUUGGGUAAGCAUAGCUGCUGUUGGUGAAGGUUGGCACAACUACCAUCACACAUUUCCAUGGGAUUAUAAAGCUUCUGAAUAUGGAAAACUAAACGUAACGACUUUUUGGUUGGACAUUUUCGCCAAAUUAGGAUUAGCUUAUGAUUUAAAAUCGCCAUCCGAAGAAUUAAUAAAAAGAACAGCCGAUAAACUAGGAGAUGGAAGUUAUACGCAUUAUGUUAAAGAAAACGGUGAAGUUGUAAUCACAAAAACUUUGUAA